GUCGCCUCGAUUCGCUUCCGCCCCAUCCUCCUUCCCGACGCCUCACAUGGCAACGGCCGUGCCCGCCGCCUGCCUCCGCGCGCCGUGCUCCUCUCCAGCGGCCGUCGCACGCCGACUUGGGGCCGGUGGCCCGUCGCUGCGCAAGCGGCAUUGCGCCGUCGCGCCCGUCGCUGCCGCCUGCGGCCCCGCGCCGCCGCGGCUGCUUGACAACGAGGAGGCGGUCUGCUCCGUACGGCGGCGUGUGCUGGUUGCCGGUGCCGCCGCGUUCCUCUCCCGGCCUAAUCCGGCGGCAUUCGCAGCAGAGGCUAAGAAAGGGUUCCUGCCCGUCGUCGACAAGAAGGCUGGCUACUCUUUCCUCUACCCGUUCGGAUGGGAGGAAGUGGCUGUGCAAGGGCAAGACAAGGUGUACAAAGAUGUGAUAGAGCCUCUCGAGAGUGUGAGCGUCAACUCUAUUCCAACUAGCAAGGAGGAUAUCCGUGAUCUUGGUCCUCCGGAUAAGGUUGCCGAGGCUCUGAUUAAAAAGGUUUUGGCACCAUCAACACAGAAGACAAAGUUAAUUGAGGCGAAAGAGAAUGAUGUUGAUGGGAGGGCUUACUACACUUUUGAGUUCACAGCUCAGGCUCCAAACUACACCAGACAUGCACUUGGUGCUAUUGUAAUUGCAAAUGGCAAAUUUUACACAUUGACCACUGGAGCAAACGAGAGGAGGUGGGAAAAGAUGAAGGAUAGGCUGCAUACUGUUGUGGAUUCCUUCAAAAUCGAAAAUAGAAUAUGAGUGCCUGAAUUGCUGUGUUGUUUUUCCUUCGUUGAUUCGCUUUUUCUUACAUAACUGCAGUGCUGAGAUUUUUCAGUAGUAAAUACCGGGAUUGUGGAUUAUGCUGAUCAGUUUCAUUUCGAAAUGUUUGUUACCAGACUUGAGCAA